AGCGAUCGAUUGGUUGCGAUGAAUAGUUUAGUACUUUUAUUUGUGCAUUCCUACCUUUGCAAAUAUCGUUGUGGCCAUGUGUGAAGAAUCUGUUGUACUCGUACUCGUGUUUGGUUUGGAGUUGUGUGUAAGAUCACGAAGAAGGCAAAAUCGGAAACUAGGAGAGCAACAGGUCGAGAUACCUUUAUUCCGUACCGAGGAAGGACGAUACUUAGCUACAUCUCUGGGCGAUCCUCUCAUCAAAGGGCUAACGGAGGUAGCGAAUAAACGGCCACCAGAUCCCAUCACCUAUCUAGCAAACUAUUUGUACAACUUUGCCAAUCAGAAAACCAAACCGGGACGCAAGGAAUCGGAUAACGAUUCCAACAAUAACUUCAUUGAAGGAUCCGUAAAACAACCGGCAGAGAAGGAGCUGGAAAGUUCGGUCAAGCAGCCCACCCAACCGGAAACUAUCCAAGGUCCAACAGUCCCAACACAACCGGUGGAACCAAACGUUAUGGAUGACAGUCAACCAUCACCUGACGAGUCUGAUAUUAUUCCGGCACCAUCCGAUGAAAGGGAUGAGCAUGGUCAGAGCAUGCUGCAUUUUGCGUGUGCCCGAUCACAUGGAAGGAAUGCGCUUGUUCAAUUGAUUGAAGAAUCCGGCACAAACGUAACUUAUCGCGAUGAGCUGUAUCGUACGGCUAGGGAUGUUGCACUGCAGGCGACGCAACCAGAUAAUGCCAAAGAAAUUGAUCGCUAUAUUAUCGGACUGGUGGCAAAAGGUGAUCUGGAAGCGCUGAAUAGUAUGCUGCUGGAAGGAUAUGAUCACAUUCUGGAUAUUGUAGCUCCGGACGGGACCACCAUUGAACAAGUGGCUAGUGCUCGUGGGCAUCAGGAUAUUGUUCGAUUUUUAGAGGGGAUACGUACAUUCGAGGAAAACCGCGAAAACUUGCUCGGUGCCAUUAGACAGAAAAAGUUUGAAGCCGUUGUUAAUCUCUCGAAGUUACCGGACGGCGCCAAGCUUGUACGAGCAAAGAAUUAUUAUGGUCGAUCCUCCUUGCACAUAGCCAUACUGAUGGAAAACGAAGACAUGGUCGACUAUUUGGCCUCCAAUUUUAAGGCGACACUGAAGAUUGGAGACAAUCUGGAACGUACACCAUUGCACUAUGCUAUGGGGGUAAGCAACGUGGAAGCACUGAGCCGAAUUUUGAUAAAGAAUGGCGCCAAACGUGUACUGAAGGAUUUGAAAGGUCGCCAGCCAAGUUACUAUUUCAUGAACAAGGCAGACAUUUUGCGUUUACAAGAGGAGGAAAAGGAAUGAGUUUGAUGCCUGUAAAUGGCGAUUGAUCAUUCACGUUUGUUGGUUUUAGGAGAUCAUAACUGUUACUAGAAAAAUUUGUACACAUUCGUUCCGGGAUAAUGGUUUAUGAAUGUUUUGUGGUAGUACAAUUCUCUUCUACAAGUCAACUAUUUGUAUUCAAUGAAAUAAAAUACUUUCCGGCAAUUUUUGGUUUGUUUGAACGGUUUAAUUAUAUGUAAUGUUUUUAGCGAAAAAUAUGAAUUUAAA